AUGAUGGCCACGCCUUCCAACGAAGAUUCCAGCGAUGGAAUAUGCCAAACUAUUGAGAACAUAGCAAACAACUUUAUUCCUCAACAUCAUGAUAAAAUUCUUAGCCCUCUCAGGCUUGCCGAUAUCUCCAUUUCCGAAUUUUCAACCGAAUUGUCGAACCAUUUGUCAGUACUAAACGAAGGUGGCAGUAUUGCCUUUGGUCGUGGAGAGGAUUUGACUAGCAAGAGCCUGAGCAAAAGCCUAGAGAGCCUUUUCUCGAUUGCCACACCGCCCGUGAGGGAAGGACCACCGUUGACCUGGACGAAGCUUGUUCUGUUUGCGGGUCCCCAGUUUGAGGGCCUAGCGCAUCUUAAGAUUGGGAAUUCUAGCGUUGAGCUAUCAGAAAAUGAUCUCAAACUUUUACGAUCUGGUAGGCCUUGGCGAUUUCUCUUCCCUUGGCCAGAUAAAGACGAUUGCAUGAAGGAGCUCCAAUCAAACGACACGGUAUUGCAGGAGCUUGUUGAUGCUCGGAAAGUAAUAGGGGAAGUCUUGGAACAAAUUUCGCUUGUUGCGCGAAGUCUCCGGAAUCACCGCGACCUGAUCUCUCGACUUUCUGAAAAUAAGCAACACGCCAACCACGGGGGAGGAGCUUUAUCAUUUGACGUUGCUCAAUCCUCUGUUCCAAAUGAAGCCUUUUUUAGCCCUGUUGCCUCGGCAGAAUAUGAAAGCUCGGGUUAUCAAGAUUCACCAUCCAACACUACGACUAUCCAGCAUGCUAGCAAUGCCUGGUCGGGUCAAACGGUUAAUGAAGAACUGAAUGAUCCAGCUCUACCAGAAGGUCCCGUUGAGAACAAUGCAACACCAGGAUUCAGGCUACACGCAUCCGACUUCAUUCAGAGCCUGAGCGAGUAA